UUCCAGGUUUUGACGAAUGUGAUGGAAAGCGACGAACAAAACACAGAGAAAGAGCCUCAGCAGUGGAACAGUUGUAAGUUGCUGAUUGACCCCGCGUUGACAAAAGGACUGUACAAAGUGUGCCGCUUUGAUGGGCAAUUUUUUAACAUUCCCGUUGAGGACUUAGGUCUGUUUCCUGUGGACACAGUCAGAGAUCCACGCAUCUGCCGCCUGUGGAGCAAACACAACAAGGCUGAUCUUUUGCUUCCUAAAUUUAAGGUUGAUGAAUGGUACGUCGGCCCCGUUCCUCCCAAAGAAGUGACAUUUUCCAGGCUGAAUGACAACGUAAAGGAGACGUUUCUCACUAACAUGUGCAGCAAAUAUGGGAACGUCGAAGACGUGGAGAUAUUUUACAACCCCAAGAACAAGAAGCACCUGGGAAUCGCAAAGGUAGUCUUCGACACAGUGAGGGGGGCGAGAGAGGCUGCGCAGUGCCUCCACCGCACGUCUGUGAUGGGGAACAUCAUUCAUGUGGAAGUUGAUCCUAAAGGUGCAAACAGAGCACGAUACCUGCAGCUGCUCUUCAGUGGCCUGUACACUCCCUGGACGUUACCGGUGGGAUGCAGUGAGCGAGCUUUGCAGAGCUUAGUCGACCGUUUGCUGGGCAGUGCAGCCACGCAGCAGUUGUUGAGUGUUUGCAGCCCUGCCAGCAUUGCUACCCCCCUCUCUUUAGACACAGCCUACUCCAGCUUAUGGCAGGACACUCCUUGCAGCUUUGGCUUAACACCGCAGUCUCAGGGAACCCCCCGCACUCCCUGCUUUUCUGCGACUCCUCUCUCUCAGGACUCCUGUUACUCCAGUCUUCAGGCGACCCCUGUCCUGCAGGGGGAGCCCUCUACCUACAGUGUUCACAAACAUUUAGGACAGGCCCUCUGCCGCCGUAAACCCGCAGGACAUCCCAGGGGAUCUCACCAGGUUUCAAACGUCAGCUUUAUUUUGAAGCGUUCUGAGCCGCGCCCAUCGACACCGAAACAAAACAGCAGCCGCCGGCUUUUGUUGUGGAAUCACAAUUCUCAACCCUCCACCGACAACGACGCCUCAUGUGACCCUGCCUCCCCCUUUCACGAGUCUGGACACACACCUAACUUCGCGUCCACAACUUUAACACAGAGCGGCGACUCUCUCAGCAUCUUGAGCAUCGAUUUCCCAGCCGACAGGUGUUCAGCCUCGUCCCCAGACGACGACCACCAGCCAGAGAAAGAGAGUUUGGACUCUCGCAUCGAAAGUUUGCUGAUAAGCCGUCGGAUUCCUGGCGACUCCUACUUCAGAGUCGACGAAUGCUUCCAAGACAGCCCGAACUCACCUCGCAGCCCUCCUAAUAUUCCAUCCCCAGAUGAAUCUCUCUCAUGUUUGCUGUCGCCUUCUGAACCCUUCACGCGCGUCCGCCGGCGCUCCUGCGGCGAUGCUGUCCACGUCGGUUCAUCCUCGCUCGCUGAAGAGGAGGAAGAUGAAACCAAUCGAGCGGUUUUGUUUCUCACUGCAAACUCCCUGUCCCCGUCUCCACCUGAGGUCGAUACCUGUGAGGAUGUGGUUUAUGUUGAACAGGAAGAAUCGGCAGAAAGGUCUCUGCUGUUAUCGUGUUCAAAGGCGGAUGAAAAUCUAGAUCACUUAAUUAUGAGGCAGUCUGAAGUGAGAGACACCUCCUCGCUCCCAUCCGUUUCUCCGUUCACUGUUCCCCCCCUGCAUAUGGACCCUAAACCUGCUCCUUUGCUUCCAGCUGGGAGCUCACGUCCUCCAGUACCCCCUUUCCCCAUUCCUCCCUUCCCUCCAUCUAUCCCUCCUGUCCCACCUCGCCUACCUAACGGCUCAAUCCCCAUCCCACCACCAGGUUGGAUACCCCCUCCAGGCAUCCCCAUCCCCCCUCCACCUAUUCCACCGCCUCCAUCCAUUCUGCCUCCGCCGCCUUUUCUGGUGCCUCCUCCACCUUUAUCUGUUCCCCCUCCCCUCCCCGUGUUUCCUGUGCCCAUGCGACCCCAAGCCCCCUUAAAUAAGGACAAUCCUCCGAGACACGGGAGUGCACCGUUCCCAUUCCCUCGACCGCCCUGGCUCGCUCCACCUUUCCCCAUAUUUAACCCUUUUGUCCCGCCGCCAGACUACCAGACCCCUGCGAAAGAAAAUCCACAUAAAAUCACGGCAGAAAAAGUUCUGGACGUGCUCAUGGACGAGCUGAAAUCGGUCCUCAAGAAGGAUAUUACGCGGAAAAUAAUCGAAGGCGUUGCUUUCAAGGCGUUUGAGGACUGGUGGGACAGUCAAGAGAAGAAAACGAAAGUCCAGGCGUCUCCUUUAAAAAGUUUAGCCCCAAGUGUGGAAGAGAGACCGAAACUCAUGAAUCCCCUCAGUCACGUCAGCGGACCGGGAAAAAGGCCUCCACUUCCAUCCUUCAGAGUAAAAAGGAAACGAUCAGAAGAGAUAGAAAAUGAAAAUGAACGCCCUGGCCAAAAUGUACAGCAGGGGGACGAGAUGGCGACAUCUGAAAGAGCCAAGCGCAGGCAUGCGAGACCACUAGAGCUUGACAGUGAUGAUGAAGGGAAAGGAGACAACGAUACACUUCAAAAUCACGAUUUCACGUCAAAUCAAGCAGAACUUUCUGUUCCAGUUGAUGAUCCUCAGAUCAUGUCUGACAGAGAUAAUCAUGACGAUGAAGACGUUAAUCAGCGAGAUGAAGAAAACACAGCACUAGAAGAGAUGGAAGAUGAUGCUGUCGUCCGUCAAACUGAAGAACAGUGUUUAGAUAAUGAGAGUUUGUCAGAGAGCUUCGCCUCAGAAGGAAGUGAGUUCUCAUCGGACUCUUCAGAGUUGUUCUCUUCAGAGAGCUCUGAGGACCUGUCCUCUGACAUCAGCACCGAGUAUGAAGACAUGGAGGAUAACGAGGAUAACCGGAGCGUAGAGUGUAUUGUGAUAUCCUCAGACGAAGAGUCGGUACCACCAAGCCCCUCAGCUCCUCUGACCCCUGGUGCUCAGCUGGAGUUAGAGCUGACCCACUGGUUAGACGUGUGUGAGAGGGAGCAGACAGAGACAGACCACCCGUCCUGUCUGCGAGACACAAGGGACUCUGUGACGGAGCUGCAACCCAGUGAAACCUGGAACAGACAGUCCUUCUCGGAUGUCGAACUCACAGUGGAGCCAGACCUUGAUGUGGAACUUAGAGAGCCUGAUUGGACGGCAGAGCCUCCAGAGAACAACUUGAGGCCUCUCACUCCUACAGGCUGCUUUGAGGACGGUGAUCCUGAGCAUCAAAUCAAAAUCAAACCAACGUCUCCACCUCUCGAGCGACCACCAACACCAGGCAAGGGGAUCGUGGCUGAGCUGGCGAGUGCAGACUCAGACGAAUCCAGCGAAGUCUUUUCCCUCUUCUCGGCAUGCAGUGAGGUUCUUGUAGCUUCCUCUGAUUUUCUGCCAGCCUCGUACCCGCCAUUUGAGGAGCGGCCCAAAACUCCUGGAAGGGAGGAAAGAAGUGAGCAAGAGAUAGUGAAUUCAGAAGGAUGCGCAACGUGUUUGCCUUUCAUUAGCCCGCCACGUGUUCUACCUCCGUCAAGCAGUCUGUACAUCACGCCCCCGAAGACUCCUGGAAGAGACGUUUUCUUCCCCCAAAGAGACACGAGGAAAACAAAAACAAUGAGCGCCACAAAAUCUUUGCCACGCAACAACUCUCUCAGAGUUUCUCCCAUCGCAGGAUCGUCUCCGUUCAGCCUUUCUGAUUCUGAUUCUGAUUCUGCCGAUGGUAGUGGCGCGAACAUGAGUUCAGGUGUGAGAACGAAGCCCUUGCAGGGACUUGAGAACAUGCCUGACCUUUUGGAUGAAGAGAACUCCUUACUGAGGCAAAAACUUUGGAGGCGGCUGAAGAGGAGAAGCAGGGCCCGUCAUCGGCGGCGAUGGCUUCAGGAGUGUAGCUCUCUUUCCUGUAAACGUCAUCUUCACAGGUGGCGUUCUGUCUGUGAGGAGAAGAAAAUUCUUCAUGGUGUUUGGAAGGAGGGCCUGGAUGAAGAAGAUGCCAGGCUGCUGCUGCUGACUUAUGAAAGGCUGCAGGAGCAGGACGAUGGUGGGGGGUGGCUCAGUGACACGCACUGGAUACCUCAUCCUCUGACCAAGAUCCCAACACAGAGGAGUGAAGAACUGACGUCCUGGCUCCCAGUCCACAGAACCGAGUCUGCUCGCACUGAAGGCUUCUACAAAAUCAGCAGGAAGGAUAAAAUGAAAUACCUCAACAACACAAAACUGGCUGCUGAUUUUCAGUCUACAAGUGCUCAGGGAAAGUCUCUUUCAGUCCAGCAACCCACAUCACUGCGAGCUGGAUCUGAUUUCAGGUCUGAACAGCGCCGCCUACUGUCCUCUUUCAGCUGCGACAGUGACCUGGUCAAGUUCAACCAGCUUAAGUUUCGAAAGAAGAGGAUCCGUUUCACCCGAAGUUUCAUCCAUGAGUGGGGCUUGUUUGCCAUGGAGCCUAUCGCAGCGGAUGAGAUGGUGAUUGAGUACGUGGGGCAAAUCAUCAGACAGGUCGUUGCAGACUUGAGGGAGCAGAAAUACGAGGAGGAGGGCAUUGGAAGCAGCUAUUUAUUUCGUGUUGAUCAGGAUACCAUCAUCGAUGCCACUAAAUGGGGGAAUUUAGCCAGAUUUAUCAACCAUAGCUGCAACCCCAACUGUUACGCAAAGAUCAUCACUGUGGAGUCUCAGAAGAAGAUAGUGAUCUACUCUCGUCAGCCAAUAAGUGUCAACGAGGAAAUCACAUACGACUACAAGUUUCCCAUUGAGGAAACAAAGAUUCCUUGUUUGUGUGGAGCAGAUAGCUGCCGAGGAUCCCUGAACUAAACUAGAAUGAAGCGGCUUGACUGUAUGGAUGUCUGAGAUGAACUUCCAGUCCAGUUAUUAUUUUUUACAGUCUAAAUCUUUACAGUCUAGUGUUGGUGCUGCACAGUGAAUCCUGACUUUAUAAACUGUUUUAAACUGUGCUUACAACACAAAUGGGACUUUUAAUUUUGAAUUUUGAAUUUGUCUAUAGACAGGGAUUUAAUCUUGUAAAGCUUUGUCAAAUAUCCUAUCAAACAUGUCAAAAUGCUCAUACAGCAGUGAAAUAAAGGACAAGUUGGCACAUUCAAAGUAUUUAUUUCAGCAAAAGGAAAAGUAAUGGACCUUCAGACUUUUUGCAGAAUGUCUCUACAUGAAAAGGUCUUUUGACUUCUUUGUCCUGAUUGCAGAUAUGUUUUCAUUUACGAGAGCUUUAAAUGGGUUUUGCUUGAGUCAAGCUUGGAAUGUUUUCCCUGUUAAUAUUUUAUAACCACGCCUUUUAACUUGUGACAAUUUCUCUGUGAAUUCAUAAAACUGUAAAGUGACACUAAAA